AUGAAAGUUAAAACUGGCAUAUUAGGGGCGACCGGAACAGUGGGACAACGUUUUAUAGAAUUAUUAUCAAAACAUCCACAAUUUAUCAUUCAUUCCGUUGGAGCUUCUUCACGAUCAGCCGGUAAAAAAUAUUCUGAAGCUACAAAAUGGAAAAUAACAGGCGAUAUACCUGAACAAGUUAAAAAUAUGAUUGUUAAAGAGUGCAAAGCUAAAUUAUUUGGAGAUUGUGAUGUAAUAUUUUCCGGUUUGGAUUCAGAUGUUGCCGGUGAAAUUGAAAUGGAAUUUUUAAAAGCAGAUUUGGUGGUUUUUUCUAACGCAAAGAAUUAUCGAAAAGAUCCUAUGGUUCCUUUAAUCGUUCCAACAGUAAAUCCGUCACAUUUUAAUCUGAUACCGCAUCAAAGAUCCAUUCACACUCUUAAAAAAGGGUUUUUAGUAACAAAUUCAAACUGUUCUACCACGGGACUUGUAGUAGCUUUAAAACCAUUACAGGAAGCAUUUGGACCAUUAGAAACGAUUAUUGUACAAACGAUGCAAGCGAUAUCAGGGGCGGGAUAUCCGGGAGUAUCAUCAUUGGAUAUAUUUGAUAAUGUGAUACCAUUUAUCAGUGGAGAGGAAGAAAAGAUGGAAUACGAGACCUUAAAAAUUUUAGGAGAUUUAAAUUCGGAUCAAACGGAAUGUAAAUUGCUUGAUUCUACAAAUAUUUCUGCUACUUGUAAUAGAGUACCCGUGAUUGAUGGUCAUACCGAAUGUGUUUCUAUUAAAUUUAAAAAUCAACCUUCUCCCACCCCACAAGAAAUCGUCAAUGUACUGGAUUCUUAUGUGAGCGAGGCUCAACAAAUUGGUUGUCAUUCUGCUCCGAAUAAAUGCAUCAUUGUACGACAUGAUGAUGAUAGACCUCAACCUAGGUUAGAUAGAAAUAAUGGUAACGGUUAUAGCGUUACCAUUGGUAGAGUUAGAAAGUGUAAUGUGUUUGAUAUUAAAUUUACUUUACUAGUACAUAACACUAUUUUAGGUGCCGCUGGGAGCGGUAUUUUAAAUGCUGAAAUUGCUUUGGCAAAAGGUUUAUUGAAAACUCAAUAA